UGCGGCCACAGCCCUGCGGCCCCGCUCCCCCCCCCCGGGGGCCGGCCCGGCCGCGAGAUGGGCGACAUGGAGUCCUACAAGGUGAUGCUCAACGGGCCGGCGCCCUGGGGGUUCAGGCUGCAGGGAGGGAAGGAUUUCAGCAUGCCACUCUCCAUCUCUAGGCUGACUCCGGGCGGGAAGGCGGCCCAGGCUGGCGUGGGAGUGGGCGACUGGGUGCUGUACAUCGACGGGGAGAGCACCAGCGCCAUGACGCACAUCGAGGCCCAGAACAGGAUCCGUGCCUGCGGGGACAGGCUCUGCCUCACGCUGAGCAGAGCCCAGAACCACCUGGGGAAGCCGCAGAAGGUGCAGAGCCUUGACAAGCAGCCGCCGCAGCACCCCACUACCCCUAUAUAUGACCCCAGCAAGUUGCAUCUGAUCGAGGACUCUGAGGACUGGCAGCCCCGCAACACCAACACCCAGUCCCGCUCCUUCCUCAAACUGGCCCAGCUGACGGGCACAGACAGCCUGGAGGAUCAAGACGAGGAGCUUGUUAGGAAGCCCAGGGGUCCUCGUGUGUCAUUCUGGGGUACCGAGGAGGAGUGCCAGCCCCUGCAUUCCCCUGGGACCCCCACGCGUGACCCGGGCAAGUUGCGGCUGAUCGAGGAUGCUGAGGACUGGCAGCCCCGCACCGGCACCUCCCAGUCCCGCUCCUUCCGCAAACUGGCCCGGCUGACGGGCACAGACGGCCUGGAGGAUCACGAUGAGGAGCUUGUUAGAAAGCCCAGGGAUUCCCGCGGGUCGUUCUAUGGCACAGUGGAACAGCGGCAGCCCAUGGAGCCUGUGGAGCCCCCCGAGACCCCCGCUUGUGACCCGGGCAAGUUGCGGCUGAUCGAGGAUGCUGAGGACUGGCAGCCCCGCACCGGCACCUCCCAGUCCCGCUCCUUCCGCAAACUGGCCCGGCUGACGGGCACAGACGGCCUGGAGGAUCACAAUGAGGAACUUGUUAGGAAGCCCAGGGAUUCCCGCGGGUCGUUCUAUGGCACAGAGGAGCAGUGGCAGCCCGUGGAGCCUGAGGAUCCCCCCGAGACUCCCGCGUGUGACCCGGGCAAGUUGCGGCUGUUUGAGGACGCUGUGGACUGGCAGCCCCGCACUGGCACCUCCCAGUCCCGCUCCUUCCGCAAACUGGCCCGGCUGACGGGCACAGACGGCCUGGAAGAUGUCUUUGAUAGGAAGCCCAGGGAUUCCCGUGGGUCCUUCUGUAGCACAGUGGAGCAGCGGCAGCCCCAGCAGCCUGUGGAGCCCCCUGAGACCCCCGCUUGUGACCCGGGCAAGUUGCGGCUGAUUGAGGAUGCUGAGGACUGGCAGCCCCGCACCGGCACCUCCCAGUCCCGCUCCUUCCGCAAACUGGCCCGGCUGACGGGCACAGACGGCCUGGAGGAUCACAAUGAGGAACUUGUUAGAAAGCCCAGCCACAGUGGACCCCGCGUGUCGUUCUAUGGCACAGAGGAGCAGUGGCAGCCCGUGGAGCCUGAGGAUCCCCCCGAGACUCCCGCGUGUGACCCGGGCAAGUUGCGGCUGUUUGAGGACGCUGAGGACUGGCAGCCCCGCACCGGCACCUCCCAGUCCCGCUCCUUCCGCAAACUGGCCCGGCUGACGGGCACAGACGGCCUGGAAGAUGAUGAUGUGUUUGUUAGGAAGCCCAGCCAGGUCUCCGUGCUGGACCCGUCCCCGGGAGCAGCGAUGAAAACAGAGCUGGGACUGGCCCCCAGGACCCCCGCUGCCACCCCUGGCCCUGCCAGCCGCCCACCCUGGGCUGUGGACCCGUCGUUCGCCGAGCGCUACGCCCCGGACAAGACGAGCACAGUGCUGAGCAAGCACAGCCAGCCGGCCACGCCGACCCCCAUGCAGAACCGCAGCUCCAUCGUGCAGGCAGCCCAGCAGGCACCCGAAGGCCUCGGCCGCACGCCGCUCUGCUUCAAGUGCAACAAGGUCAUCAGGGGACGCUACCUGGUGGCACUGGGACAUUACUACCACCCCGAGGAGUUCACCUGCUGCCAGUGCAGGAAGGUGCUGGAUGAGGGUGGUUUCUUCGAGGAGAAGGGCUCUAUCUUCUGCCCCAAGUGCUAUGACACGCGCUACGCGCCCAGCUGCGCCAAGUGCAAGAAGAAGAUCACCGGGGAGGUGAUGCACGCGCUGAAGAUGACCUGGCACGUGCAGUGCUUCACCUGCGCAGCCUGCAAAACUCCCAUCCGCAACCGUGCCUUCUACAUGGAGGAGGGACAGCCCUACUGUGAGAGAGACUACGAGAAGAUGUUUGGCACCAAGUGCCGCGGCUGCGACUUCAAGAUCGAUGCUGGGGACCGGUUCCUGGAGGCGCUGGGGUUCAGCUGGCACGACACUUGCUUCGUCUGUGCGAUCUGCCAGACCAACCUGGAAGGGAAGACGUUCUACUCCAAGAAGGACAAGCCGCUGUGCAAGAGCCACGCUUUCUCCCACGUGUGAGGCGCGGGAGCCCGGCUGUGCCCACGCAUGCCCCUGGCCCUGCAUGCUCCUCUCCCACCCCUUCCCCUGCCCCAGGGAGCCAGGCUGGGACCUCACCCCUUCCCCUCACUCCUGCCUCUUUCCUGGCUGGGCUCCAGCAGAGGCAGCGCCGGCCUCAGAGCCCCUUCUUGCUGGGUGGCUUCUUCUGUGCCCCCCCGGCUGACCUAGGAGCCCGGGGAAGGGGAUGCCACGUGGCUCUGCUGCCCCUGAGCCGCUCAGAGUCGGGGCUGGAGUCAGGGGUGGGUGCCUGGCUGCAGUGGGGCUGCUUCCUUGCCUGGAUGCUCCUCAGGGCAGAGCCACUCCUAGCGCAUCCCUGAGCAGGCGAGGACCAGCCCCAGCCCCUGCCGAGCUCCUUCACCUUCCCUGCUUUGUGCUCAGCGCGUGGGGCUGGAGAACCGGCUCUUCUCCCCCUGCCUGCUGUGACCCCACUGCCCACUGCGUUGCACACCGCGGCGGUGCCUUCCUGUGGCUACGGGCCGGGGAGCUCUGUGCCUUGUGUCCCUGCACCCAGCUCCCCGCUGCUCCCCUGGGGUUGGCGGGGGGCAGCACCCCCUGCCCAGCCGUGCCGGGGUGCAGGGCCCCGUGCCGGCCUCUGGCUCCCUGCAAGGCUCGGAAACAGCUUCCUACCAAAGAGCGUGUGCCGCCGCUGUCCCAGCACUGUAAAAUGCCUCUCCCAAACCCCCACUCUUUGUUUGGGCUGCGUCUGAUGUAGCCACGGUGCUUUUAGUGCCUUUAAUAAACACUUCUCUGCAAGUGCC